AUGGUCAAAAAAGUAGGAUUAAAGACAACAGGCGUACGCAAGGCUUUACUCGCUGCAAGCAUGUUACCCAUGAAAUCAUCCGCUAUUCUGCCUUCGACCAUUACCAUAGAAAAGCCAAUCGGUGGCCCCAAAAAUGGUGGAAAGCGCAUUCUCACCAAGAUAGCCCCACCAAAGCAAAAAGUUGCCAAAGCUCUUGCUGACAAGCCUGCAACCAAGCUUCGCUCUUCUAUCACCCCAGGAACAGUUCUCAUUGUUUUGGCUGGUCGUUUCCGUGGAAAGCGCGUCGUUUUCUUAAAACAGCUUACUUCUGGUCUUCUUCUUGUCACUGGACCUUAUAAGAUCAACGGUGUUCCGCUAACGCGCAUUUCUCAAGCUUUCGUGAUCGCCACCGCCACCAAAGUCGAGCUUUCUGGACUCACCAUCCCCGACGCUCUCACUGAUGCUGUGUUCAAGGGAAAGAAAUGUACCAAGAAAGCUUCUUUUGUGCCAAAAGACAAAGCAUCUUCAAUGGAUGUCGAAGAGACCAAAUGUGCAAUUGCCCCUGUUCGUCGUGAAGCCCAGAAGAGCAUUGAUGCCACCCUGACUGCUUCGAUCAAAAAACAGCCGAUGCUGGCCUCUUACCUUCGCUCAAUGUUCUCUCUCAGCAAGGGAGAAGCUCCCCAUGCCAUGUGCUUCUAG